AUGCCUGAAUCAUCAUCUCACUCCUCCGCCGUCUCAGGCGGCUCCAGCGCUGUACCCACUCCUGCGAAUAACAGUGUUCGGUGGGGCGACAAGAUAUUCCAUAAGGGAGGCUCGGCGGAUGAGCCUGUCAACGAAGGCAAUGGUCAUGUCUCUGCCCAGAACCCACAGGACACAAUCGGAAACUUCCUCGGUCUGCGGGACCAGAAAACUCGCGCGGAGUGUAAAUUCAACGACCGGGCUGGGCUGGCAGAAGGUGUGAAGCGCACCACUGAAAGUGGCGAGCCCACUUGUGAGUCUGAGGACCAUAGCUUCGCAGGCCGUAAACCUGGUGGCUCGGAGACCUGGCCUGGUUGGGAAACGACGAAGAGUUUCUUCGGGUGA